UCCAUGUGUACGACAGAGAUAUUGUAAUUAAUCGAUGACAGUUUCGUUGCGAUGUUUCUUUCGAUCUUAUCGUUUCUCUUUAUCUUGGCUCUAGUUUCUGAAUCACAAGCUGCUGGCUGUCGUACACUGGAAUUCAGAGCAACCGUCAGUGGAAAGGCAUUAACCAAUCACACGAUUCGUACGAUCCAACCAAUCAGAGAUGCCCAGACAUGCAGAACGAAAUGUUAUAUGGAGCCGCUCUGCUUUGCUGUUAAUUUUUGUCAUAAUGAUGGAAGCGAAACUGUGUGUGAACUGUUGAACAAUACAUCGACUAUCGUCCAUGAUAAAGACUUGGUCAAUAAAAAAGAAUGUACUAUCUACCUUUCAAAGAGUUCUUGUUCAAGCUCUCCUUGUCCUAGCAACGCCAGUUGCCAUGGUGAUUUCUUGCGGGCUUCUGUGUUGUACAAGUGCAUCUGCCCUUCUGGUUUCACGGGGAAAUUCUGUGAAUCAGACAUCGACGAGUGCGCGCCGAACACUAGUUACUGCCACAAGGAUGCUACGUGUAACAAUUCUAUUGGUAGUUACAGCUGCAAAUGCAAAGGCGGAUACCAUGGCAACGGCAAAACCUGUCAGGACAUCGACGAAUGUGAGUCCAAUACUCAUAAUUGUGAUGCGAAGGCGCUUUGUAACAACACUAGAGGUGGAUUCACUUGCAAGUGCAAACCUGGCCUUCUUGGGAACGGGACUUUCUGUCGAUAUCCUGAGAAUUGCGAAGACAUUCGUGUAAAUCAUCCUUAUCCCAAAGACGGAUUUCAUAACUUGAAAACUGCCGAGGGAAGUGUGGUAGAAAGGUUAUGCGUGUUUUCAGACUCUUAUGAGUGCGGUUCUGGUUUUUGGGUGUUGGCUUUAAAACUUAAUGGCCAAAAGACCGGAAAUGGAUACACUUCGCCUCUUUGGACUAGUGACAGUGCGAUCAAUCAAAGUUUAUACAAGACUACCUUCGAAGACGACAGCAUCGAAAUUAAGCUGCCUGCCUUCUGGGAACACCCUGUCAAAAAAGUAUGUCUUGGAAUGAAGUAUUUGAACGUGCUUAAGUGGGUCUCUGCCACAGUCAAUGCUUCUUCUUUGCGAUCUUUGUUUGAGAGUGAAAAGGAGAUCCCUACUAAUAGCAGCAGAGCAAAAUGGACAUCGUUGUUAAGUGGGGCCAAACUUCAAAGGAACUGUAACAAGCAAGGAUUUAAUAUGAAGUGUGGCGGGUUCAGCACGAGGAUUGGAUAUCUUGCUAAUGGCGAGAAUGAGUGUAAAACUUGCGAUUCAGGAAUAGGUUUCGGAAUAUUAUCGUGGGGAUGUAGACAUAAAUAUUGGGGGAAAUACAUUUCCCCCUCAUCUUGCUAUAUUUUAGUCCAGUAAGGCUCACAGGUCGCUGGUCUCUCUCCUCAGCCGUUCUUAGUGUUGUCACGGAGGAAGCGUUGCGUGACGAAGCUAAAAACGGCUGCGGGGGAACCUAAAGGCGCGGUUACACGGAGCAAUUUUCUCUGCAACUUGUCUCGCAGCGCUGUUGCGACACAAGUUGCAUGGAGCAUUGCAGUGUAACCUAAAACUCAAUUCGUUGAAAAAACGUUGCGAGACAUAACAGCACAGCCUCCUUUUGCUUCUCGGGUUUGUUACUCCCUCCCUCGUACCCAAUCCUCCUUCUCUCUCGUCCCUAGUUCUUCUCUGUCAUACAACUUAACACAGGGCUCCCAACAGAGAAUAUAUGGGGUAGCUUGCGGAGAGGAGGCUAGUAGCAGCAAUGCGUCUCUGUUGCACCGUGUAAACACUUGUAGCGAGAAAAGUUGCAAACAAAUUGCUCCUUGUAGUUACGUUUCAAGACUAAAGGCGCGAUUACACGGAGCAAAUUUCCCUGCAACUUGUCUCGCAACGGCAUUGAGACACAAGUUGCAUAGAGUAUGAUUGCAGCGUGUAAUCUACAGCGCAGUUUUCAGAAAUGUUGCGAGACAAGUUGCAGCAAUCGUUGCCACUUCGUUUCUACUUUUAGCAACGAUUGCUUCGUCUCCGUUGCACCGCCGUAAACACUCUUACAACUUGUGUUGCAACGGUGAUUGCUCCGUGUAAUCAACGCGUUAAGACUAAAAUCAAAUGUCGAAUUUCAUAUGAAGGCAAAAAAUGCCUUGUUAUUCGUUAAUCGUAUUUUGCCAUUGCGACAAAACAGGGUUUUGGUGGACGUCAAUCGAAGUGUUUCCAUGACAGUGACAACGCCUUGUGUGACGUCCACCAAAACCCAUUACGGCACGACGACGAUUCCGCGCGCGCUAUUGAAAAGCACUAAAACCCAUACUUGGAACUUAAGUAUCGAGACAAAUGUAGUCAUUACAUGCACAUUUCCCACUCAUUUUCGACUUUUUCGCAUUUGAACUUUACAUGCACGAGACCCUCACAUAUAUGUUUUCAUAUAUUCACACAGCUAUUUCGAGAAAGGUUUUCGGAACCAAAGGCGAUAGGAUGAGUUAUUUCAAGAUCCGAGAAUAAAGAAUUUUUGAAUUCGGUUUUCGCAUAUGGUAAAUUAUCCGAAGCGCUGUAGGCUGAAGCGGAAAAAGCCAAAGUCUUGAUAAUUUACGAUAGACUGAAGUCAUUAAACCCGUGAAAUAGAUAUUAGACUAAAACACGACCCUAAUUCCAUUGUUUUCUUUUGCGUCUAUUUGACUAUGACAUGUUGACAAAUAUUUUUUAUUUCACGGGUUAAUAAUUUUUAUUUCACGGGUUAAAUGCUCUCAUUUUAUCACGCGAAAACUGAAUUCAAUAAUUGUUGUAUUAUACUUUUUAUAAACAGAUUCAAUUCUGCUCUCGAAAAAAAACAAAAACAAAAAACAAACGUACUUCUGUCUGUAUCGUGACCUUGAGUAAACUAGACGUGAUAAAUGUAUUAUUCGCAAAAAAUAACAACAAAAAAACACAGAAAAUACACGAUAUCAUGGAUUUGCUUACCCUGCGAGCAGAGUCUCCUUUUAACUCCUCUCUCGCCCGUAGAGGAGUUAAAAGGAGACUCUUCUCGCAAGGUAGGAU